AUGUCCACCACAACAACAACAACCUCCCUCCCCCCCUCACUAACCACCACCUCCUCCCCCACAACAACCACAAACUGCACAACAGCCAACAUCUACAUCCUCCCCAUCCAAGACGCCGCCUGCGCCCUCCCCAACACCGGCAACGCCUCCUCCAUCAUGUCCAAGUGCUGUUCCCCCGCCUCACCCACAACCUACGACAACGAUUGCGGGAUCUACUGUCUCGCCCAAGACCAAUCCGUCAGGGAUCUGCUCAACUGCAUCCAGAGUAACGGGGCGGUCACGGAACCGUUCUGCUCGGGGAAUAUGUCUGCGACGGCGACGGCGUCGAUCUCGAGUUCGACGAGUACGGGGAGUAAGACGGGGACGAGUACGGGGAGUGCGGCGAGUGGGACGCAUACGGGGGGUGCGGUAAGGGAGGUGAGGGUUAGUAAAUGGGGAGUGGGGGUUUUGGGGCUCGUGGUUUCGGGGUUGGUUUUUGGGGGGGUGGUUUAG